AUGAGGCAAUGGAGACAUGUCAGCUCAGAGCAAAACCCGGCAGAUGAUGCAACACGAGGAGUAACCGCUUCUCAGAUGUUGGAGGAUUGUCGUUGGACCCAGGGUCCAAUUUUUAUAAGGCUACCUCCCGAGUAUUGGCAAAAGGCACCGCAGGUUGACAUGGAACUCGAGGGCGAUCCUAAAGUGAAAAGGGACGUGACUUCAGUGACCUCCACAGUACACAGAGCCGAAGAAACUUUGCAGUGCCUGUGGGAAAGGUACUCUGCUUUGUUCCAGCUUCAAAGAGGAGUAGAUUGGAUCCGGAGAGUUAUCAACGUCCUCAAAGAAUAA